CCGUGGCGGGAAAAAUAAUUAUUGGAUUUGCGUUGAUAACUUUGUGCGCGUAACUAACCGUUGAAAAAUUUAUUAAUCGUGAAUUCUUUCACAAUGGAAUUUCAUUUUAUGUUGAUUAAAAUGAUAGUGUGGCUUAAGUGAAAGACUCGAUUUUAAACUGCGCUAAAAAUUUGAUAGACGUUGUGUACUUCACCUAUGAAAUAAAACUUCGCUCUUUUGCGACAUAACAUUGGCUAUUACCCGUUGCUAUGGCAAUCCAAGACACAACUUAGAAACGUCAUUUAAAUACGAAACACGCGAAUUUUCAUAACGUUUGGUGAGUGAUCAAAAUUUUGUAGAGUUUAUAAUAUUUGUUAAAAUGAUUGUAACUUAGCUUCUUCUUUCUUUCAAGAGUGGUGGUGGUGAAGAGAGGUGGUGGAAAUCUUUCUAGGUGGAAAGUUGGAAAGAGUUGAAGAUCCAGGAUGCCGGAGUUAAUCGAGCAGAUGUACUGCUCCCAGCAGAUCGUCAUACCACCCAAGUUUCCUUAUAUACUGAAAAGAUAUUGUAAAGCUGCCAUUAAAACUCAGCCGUACGACCUGCUUCGGUGGUCGUUUGAGUACUUUUCUGCGCUGUCGGAAAACCGACCCCCGCCCGUGAAGCUGAGGCUCGAAUACCCCAUCUACAGCACCGAGGGCGGCUUGACUAGAGGGUGUCUGAAAGUUCUAGCUAAUCAGUUGGCUGGCAUGACCAAUCUGCCCCUACCAGUAGUACGCAAAGCCUGGCGAGGAUUCUGCCUGGAUCCUGCUGAGCUGAAGAGAAUUUUCUGCCUCUGCGAAGUGUAUAUGAGACAAGAAAGCGUGCCGUUUCUACGUUUUAUAGCUGUGGCAGGUGGAUUACUGACUAAGACUCUAACACACACCAUGAUUCUCCUCUGUGAGACCCUCACCAAAGAGCCUGAGGGGGGCUCGGCCGCGAUACCUAUCACCGACUUCCUGACCAUGUACGAGUACUUGGCACGAUUGGAUGCUUCCAAAGACGUCAAGUACUUCAACGGAUAUAGAGAAGGUGAAACUCCAAGACAAGAGUCCAUCGUGGAAGAAGAGGAGCAGCAGCAAGAAGUAGAAAUCGAGGAAGAAAAAUUGUCAGACGACUACUGGCAAGACACCAGACACCUUCAGAAAUUAAAUCUUAUUGGUGACUACGUAUCUCAUACUUCAAGGUUGAGUGCUAAGCUCACUUUGCCAGUGAUUGGCAAACUGGAACGAUCACCGUCCAUUGAAAGAGCGACUCAAAUAGAGCGGGAGAGUUAUUUGAGAGAGAGAAAAGGUAGAGCUGCCCGUAAUGAAGACGUCGAACAAAAGCUUCGAGAGCUGAGCAGUACUCUGGUCGGAACUCAAGAAAUCACCUCUGAUGAUUUUCCAAAAAAAGAAGAAAAAGUUCAAAAAAAGAAAGAAGACGUUAAAAUAGUAACGUUUGAUGAAGAUGGAAAUGAAAUACCUUACGAGCUUUAUGGUGAGCCGGUAGAUACACCGCAGAUAGAAGAAGAGGAAAUGGACGAGGAGAUUAUGUUAGGAACAGGUGAAGAAACGGAAAAUGCGGAAGAUGAACUCCAAAUUGACAUUGAGAAACGAAAGAUUCAAUAUUUUGUUGACGAAUGUUACAAGGAUCGUGAGAGGCGUCGUGCAGAUUUAAUACAAACUUUUGACGAGAUUGCAGAAAUCGUGGACACAUACAAAUCUGCUAACUAUGACCUUGGCAUGGUCGCUGGACGUCAAAUGUCUACCACGAGCGGUGAAUUCAUCGUGGCGAACAUCCAGAAGGAGAUCAUGGAUUACAUUAAUGAGCAAAUUGCCAUACUGCCUGACCCUGACUUGAAGAAAAAGAAGGCAAAACCCGAAGAAGUCCAGAUGAUCAAAGACCUCCUGGAGAAAUUCCUCGAUGACAACAUGGACGUGAUCGCACCGGAGAUCGAAGAGGUUGAGGAGGAGGAGCAAGCUAUACCUGAUGUUACUGUGGUGUACGCUGUCCCCGGCAUAGGAGCUCCGGUCGACGAGGAUCUCAUGAAGGACUUCGAGGAAUACGCCCUGGAGGUGUGCAAGGUGCAAGCUGAUGUCUUCAUGCCGAGGAACAUACGCCAUUUCCUGUGUCCACCGUUGGAGAUGUACGAAAGUCAUUUUCAAAAAGAAGAAGUUGCAACGGGUGGUGUUAUUACAGAUUAAUUAUAAAUUAUUAUUACUUACUUCUUGGUAUAUUAUUGUUAUUUAACUGCACAUGAAUAAAUCUAGUUAAUUUAUAUCUUAAUCCAUUUUAAUAAAACUUUUUUAUACUUCCUUAACAAUUUUGCAUUGUUAAGGCACGCACACAUUUGACGGACCACAUUUUGUAGCGAACUUUUUUAAUGUAAUAAUGAUA